CACAGUGUCUGUGCCAUUUCGCUUGUAGUCAUUGUCCAGCUCCUCCUCAGUGUACUGCAACCUUUUCGGCUUCAGGUCCGCCCUUUUGGAUUCUUUUUUGUUUUUCACCGGCGCUUUCGGCGUCACGACGGGCUUUUUUUCCAUCGGUGGCGUCGCGAAGAACGAGGAGUUACGUAUUUCACUGUCGCACAGACUUUUAGGGAAGAAAUUGAACUAAAAACAGACAUGGCGAUUUUGCCAAUGUAAAAAUAAAUAAAUAUAUGUAACGUGAAUAGGUCGACAUUAUUUUUUUCCUAUGACAUUACCUGAGGCAACCUAUCUGCCGGCACAUUAUACUCCACCUGCCCGAAUUCCGAUUUCUUGAACAGCAUCUGGGGCGUUUGAUGCUUUGAUCCCAAUCGUUCGAACAGACAAUUUUUACGCUGCAUAUCCUGCCUCUGUGUUGGUCCCGUAAAAAUUAAACGUUUGAUCGAAUACAACUGAAGGAAACGACAACUGUUUUGGAAAAACAACGCUACAGAAAAAUAAUAGUUUAUUAACCGGAUAACAGCGCAAUUUUGUUAUGAAAAAAAAAUCGGCGCGAAAGAGAAAAUUUCUGAGUGAACGAUAAACCCGCCGCGUUUGUAACGGGGUUCUCACAACGUCUCGCACGGUGUGUCGUAGGAACCAAUGAAAAUUUGGAUCUAAUAACAAUCGCUAAGCGCACAAAGUAUGUCGUUUAAAAAUUCAUUGAAUAACCGUACUAUUUUCACUAAUAUUUCACACGUAAUUUUUUUGACCUAUUGAUGCAUUAUUUGUCCAGUCCUCGCGCGUGAUAAAACGCUCGAUAUGAAAAGUAUCAUUUGCUCUUCAAAAUUUAGCAAAUGGCGCCAAAGCUGUGAUUGGUCGGUUGAUAUUACGUUGCGCGCGGUUCAAUCCGAUUCGUUAGUACUAUUUAAAAAAACAACUGUUAUAACCGAUAGGAAUUUAUAAAAAAGUACUUUAUAAAAAAUCAAUUGCAUUAAACAUUGAUUCAUUAGUAACAGUUACGUAAAAUACUGUUGCAAUUUUCUUCAAAUUUAAAAGUCAGUAUAAAUUAAAUUUUAGAUGAAAUAAUAUUCUGCUGUCAGAGUACUACAAUCGUUUACUAAAAAUGACUGCUUGCAUCAUUUCUAUUAACAUUGGCGUAUGAGUGCAUCUACAUGACUAACACCGAGUUCUCUAUGGUAACAUACACGUGUGUGUGAGAACACACUAUACUAUAUUAUCGUUCUACGUAUUAUGUAUCCAAGUCCCAUCAUUUUCAUGUUCAACAUUAUUUUUAGAAAUGAUACAAUAAUAUAAAACAGACGAAAUUUAAAAGAAAGAAAAAAUAUUUAAAAAACAUAAACAUAUUAAUAUCCAUAAUAACUUCGAUUUAGCGAAAUUAUUAAAGCAAGAAAGAAUUUUGCACAAAUAUCCACGGAGUAAUAGUAAUUAAAAAAAAAUCGAUGUAUCUAUAUUCGCGAUACUUUUACGGCUUACGGGAAAGAUAAAGCACGUCAACCGUCACUCUAUGUAUGUUUACACAGAUUUUUCAUAUCACGAUGUUUGUAAUUCUUUAUAUCGCGUGAUUCGAGGCUGGGAAUUUCGUUUAGAAGUUUUUACGGUUUCCCAAUGAUUUUCUAUUCGCGCUGCGCUCGGAAAAUUGCCAUGACCCGAUCAAAUUGUGUUUCGCUUCCGAAAAUUGCCGAAGUGACGCUCGGCUCCCUCGGGUGGCCACAUAGAAAAUGGAGUUUGAGCGAGGCAAGCGAAGCAGCUAUUCGCCAUCGUUGAUGGGCGCACAACGAGGGUCCUGAGCUGGCUGCGUCGUGUAUCCUGCGAUUAACCCGUAUUUUUGUGCUUAAUGCGAGCGAAAAUUACGUCGAGGUGAAACCGGAACCGUCUGCGAAACGAUUGAAGAAUUUACAAGAUGUCAUCUGCACAAAUUGAUCGUCCCACUAAAGUGGGUCAGAUCAAUAAAAAGGAGAAUGAGAAAUCAAGAAAAACUUUCAACUCCUCUCACAAGAAGCAUAAGCACGAAGAUGGUCGCCAUUUUAAGUUCGGUAGGAAGCGUCUGCAGAGCUUCACCAGCAAUGGUAAAUUCUUUCCACCAUAUAAGCGUAGAAAGAAGGAGGGUGUCAUUAUACCACCAACCAAAUUUCUGCUCGGUGGCAACAUUUGCGAUCCGUUGAACUUGAACAGCAUGCAAGACGAGGAAAUAAACCGAGCCAUGAAUGCUGUUACACCCAAAUCUAGCCCGCUUCCUACACCUAAACACAAGAAAGAGGCUAUUGAAGUCAUUAUACCUCCGAACAUUUGUGAUCCCCUGAAUCUGUGCAACUGUAGUGAUGACGAUGAGUAUGAGAAGCAACUGAUCUCUCCAACCAAAAAAGGUUCAAAACGCAGAAAUAGAAAGAAAAAAAGGGCGUCUUCUGGUUCUGGGAAGGAUGAUGCAAAUGAUCCAUCUGAAUCCAAGCCUAAAGAAUGCAAUACUACUGAAAUCGCAGAGCCUAUAGAGAUGGCUGCACCAGAAAAUGUUGAAACAGCUCAACAAUGUGCACCAUUGAACUCGCCACCACCGAACCAGCCUAAAGAACCCAAACCAGAGAGCCCACAGAAAGAUAAAAACAAAUUACGUUUGAAAGGUUUGGAAGAACCAAAGGAUAAGAGAUUAAGAAAGGUUGAUGUAAAGGACAAAAUUGUUAGUCCUGUUAUUCCUCAACCCGGAGCAUGGAAACCUCGUCCGCAACACCGGCCGAGUCAGGAUAAGAAAAAGAAACAAACUAUGCCAAAUUUCCGAGAGAAAGAUGCCCGUUAUCAGUAUGGUAAUUACAAUAGGUACUAUGGCUAUCGUAACUUUCAACAUGAAGUAGACACAAGACUGACAGUAUUUGCCCAGCGUAGAGAGUUAUUCGUUCGGAAAGAUGUGUUGGACAUUGGUUGCAAUAUUGGCCAUAUUACUCUGUCCGUUGCAAGAGAUCUGGCAGCUCACAGUGUAACCGGUAUUGACAUUGAUCGAAAACUCAUCAAUAUUGCUAGAAAAAAUAUCAAACACUAUGUCAAUUGUGUACAGUCUCCUGCUGGUAAUGAAGACAGUGAUCACCAUGAUGUAAACUUCUUCCCAAUGUCUAUGCCGAUCAAUUACGGACCGGUUGAUAUUCCAGGCUUUACAAAGAACAAGAAUCACAAAGGUUUCCCUUAUAAUGUUACUUUUGUGCAGGGUAACUACGUGCUCGAGGACGACGCUCUUCUCUGCACGGAGCAACCGCAGUUCGACACGAUCCUCUGCUUAUCCAUCACCAAGUGGAUACACCUGAACUUCGGCGACGCGGGCCUCAAGCAAGCCUUCAAACGUAUGUAUGCUCAACUUCGUCCAGGUGGGGUCCUUAUUUUAGAGCCACAAUGGUGGAGCAGCUACUCCAAGAAGAAGAAUCUAACAGAACGGAUAUACAAAAAUUACCAGAGUAUCGAGUUUCGACCUCACAGCUUCACGCAGUAUCUGUUGUCUCCCGAGGUUGGUUUCUCCAAGUGUGAAGUGCUCUCUAUUCCCCCACACCCAUCGAAGGGCUUUCAACGACCUAUCCAUCUGUUCACCAAGCCUGGAUUGUCCCAAGAAAGUGCAGAGGCUUCGACAUCGAAGCGGGAAGAGCGGUCGGUGGAGAGGCGAGAGCAAAUUGAGCGCAGAGAGUACGAGCAGAAGCUGUUCCAAAAGGACAACAACAAAGGCGGCAACAUGUCAGAGAUCAGCCAGCAGAGCAAUGAGUCUAUGAGCCAGUAUGAUCAGCUGGAAAAUGUUUAUGUUCCCAGUGCGACGCCAUGUUAUGACACUCCUGGUUAUACCAACGAUAGUCAACCGCCAGACGCCUCGAAAAUGUGUUACUUGGACGUCAGCAUAGAGAAUGAUAAGAUGGAGUCGGAAGAAGCGUCUGAUAAAGCUGUGGAACCUUGUAUCGAGAACGCAAAGAAGCAGAAUCCGAUAGACGGGAAAAGUUCUGAGAAAGUAGAGGAGACGCCUAAGUCCAGGCCGGAUGAAGAUAAUACCAGGGCAGUAGAGAUAAAGGAAGAGACUUUGAUGCGUGAGAAGAAGAGCAGCAGCAGAUUGGAGGUGCAGCAAAUGAAACCGGCAGCUAAACAGAUGGAUUGUACAGAAUAUAAAGAAGAUUCAAGGCCUGAAGAUCAGAGGGAAGGGAACAACGGAUCAAGGAGUCCUUGCAAAGAGGAUCGGUCGGUGACGCAACGCUACGAACUGACCUCGGACAAUACGUAAAUUAGUACUCAGAACGCUUUUUGCGUGGAAAACGAGCGGUGCUAUCAACUUUUGGCUGUUUGGUGAUCCAUUUAGUUGGCCGACCUUUUCGUUUUCAUUCUCUUUCAUCUGUCUUUCCAUUCGCUGACCUCUUCGCGAACAAUUUUUGUAAAAAGUCGCGAGGCAAUCUCGAUAAUGGACGCGGAACUCCACGAAAAUCUCGUUCUAUUGAUUCCAACGACAACGAUGACGAAUUCGAAACUCGAUCCGCUUGCGCAUGUUUAGAACGAAAAGAGUAUUAUUCUCUAGCGUUUCUCUAACUGAGAAACGUGACACCCUUUUUUUUGUCUUGUUUACGUUUUGUUUCUUCUUUUUUUAAUUUUUUAUUGAAAAUUGAAUUAUACCGAAUAAAAACUUGUAGGUGCCCCCCUCGCAAUACCUGGUGAGAGUUUCAGUGUGUUUGUAUCGGUGUGUUUGAAAUCGAUCUCGGAUGUUAGUGAAGCUAUUGUUGGAGUAAAAUCAAUUGGCCUAUGUGGCGGAUUUCUGUGUACGGGUAGGAGUCAUGCAUUUGGGUAGAGGCAACGACCUUGACCAGGCACUUUAUUGUCGCGGGCAUAGAAUUGAAUAGGAAAAUCAAGUGUUCCUCGUCUAUAGCUUCUAAAUUAUAGUUUCUUACUAGUUCAUCUUUCUUAAUAAUAUCAUCAAUUAUGGGACAUACUGUAGAAUCAUUGAUACAAUCGAUGGCCUUGUUUACACAGUAUAGGUAACAGAUAACUAGACAGUGCAUAUCUUUUUACAUCAAUCACAAGAGACAGGCAGAAAGAAUUUUUUUUCUCUUAGUAAUUUUAAUAAACUGGACAUAAGUGGAAUAGUAUUUAUAAUGUUCUGUAUUUUACUAAUCCACGUUUGUACGAAGUGCAUGAAAUCCGCAACAAUAAUUACCAAUUAAGUUUGCUACAACUGUAGACGACACUGAGAUGUUCCAUUAGAGAGAUAACAGCGUGGAAGGAGGGGGGAUAAGAAGAAAGACAUAAACCAGCACUGUACACGAUAGAAAUUGUAUCGCUUUUACGUAGCACGAAUGUGAUAGCGAGGACAGGGCGUGCUUUAUCCUAGCUGUGUCUAACGCGAGACAAGGGCAAGGUGAUGCGCGAAACAAAUUCUAAGUACCGUGCCUAAUUAUGAGCGUUUUCUUAUUGUUCGCUGUACUGUCAGGAAGCACGUGUUUGAUCGACAGAAGACUGACCGUUUAUUUUUCCUUUUUUUGGCUUUACCGUGUCUUUCGACUGUAAAAAGAAAUCGGAAUGAUAGAAAUUGCGAAGUGCUAGUUAUCCUGCCGGUGCCAUAUCUGUACUACCUGUAAAAACGAAGGAAACGAAGCAGGACAACCAGCACCGGCAGUUCAAGAUUAGAAAAUCGUGAGGAAAACGACGGAAAAUAUUCGAAUUAUGGAAACCAAUCUAAAAUAGACUAACUUUUCUAAAUUGGAUCAAACAACUUGAUCUCCUAACAAUCGAAUGAAGUAGCUUGCUUCAAUGUUACAAAGAGUUACGAAGUAUAUUCACUUUCGAAAAGAAAUUGUACUAAUUCUAAUCGAUUGACAAGGACUUUGUCCGGCCGUUCACCGUAGAUUAUUUGAUAAGGAUCGUUGCGGGGAACGUCCCAGGAUUGCUCGAUCACCAGUCGCCUGCGGAAUGCUUCGAAGAGAGUACAGCACACACUCGAUCACACUGUUUCUUUCUAUGAAUAUGAUUUUGUUCUCCGUUGUUUGUUUGAUCGCGUGUGGAACGGAAGUAAGUCGCGAGGACACGCGAGCGGUGUUAUAUAGAGAGGCGAACUAUUGGUCAAAGACUCUAGACUGUAGACCUGUAAAUUUGUGUAAUUUUAGAGGACCCGAGCGUAUUGUUUCAUAUAGUUGUUAUUUAUUUAUAGAGAGAGAGCGAGAGAGUGGGAGAGCGUGGUUACGAAGAAUGAGAAGACAUAGACGAGAUAGUCGAGAAAGUAUUAUUUCUAUCGCGUUGCUCGGCGCGAUCGAUACCGAGGCGAGAUGAAUACCGAAAAUUUUUGCUACAAAACGGACGUUCUUUUGUUUCUAUCAGCAUUUUCGCGCGGAAAUAAUGGAGCAGAGGUGGUGAGAGAUCCAUUAUCUAGUCUGUGUGCAUCACGGAGGUGGAACGACAGCGGUGUGGCCGCCAUCCUUGCCCUGAAAGACGCGAACCUUCCUCUCGAUUUAAAAAUUUCGCCGGUCUUUCUGUUAACGUUUUACGGAUAUCUUUUUUUCUUGUUGAAUCCACCGUAUCGCUUCCUUUAUACACCUUGUUUGUUGCAGCUCAACGGUGACGAAACCGACUGAUUAUCGUGGAAUUCAGAGAAUAGAAACACUCGAACAAUGGAGGGAAACGAGAUAACGGGAUCGUGUGGCGGUUACGCGGUCUUUCUUUCCUCAGAGACUGAACAAACGUAACACGACUUUUCAUUUUUGCUCCUCUUCCCCGUCUGGCGCGUGUUUAUUUCCAUUCCUCGAGCGUCGAUCGUCCGCGAAAGAGGUUCGCGGACGGUCGUGGACAAAAAAAAUCAGCACAAAUUCGACUCCGGGCGCGAUCACUUUUCCAUGUUGUGUGUGUUGAGAGUGUGGAACUGAGAGAUGAACCACUUAGAUGCUUAUCAGGAGCACUCAUAGUGUAAAAGAACAAAUUAUUAAUAAAGAAUCGCUUUGAGUCACUA